AUGGAAAGGAGGUCAAAGGAUAGAAAUUUGAUGUGGAAGCAAACAUUGAAGGACAAAGGGCAAGAAAGAGAAUUUGACAUGUUACGAGCAAUUGAGGAGGUACCAGAACAAGAGUCCUAUAUUUGGGUGGGCUUUACACCCAAAGUUACUCGUAGCAUUUGGUGUCCAUUCCGGUAUGUUCUCUCUCGUAAAGCGUUGGUUCAUUCGAAAGAAACAAAGGCUCUAGAUUCUAAACCUAACUAG